AUGAUACCAUCACCAACAUCUCCUAUUAUUAUUCCAGUUUCAUCUAUUAUUCGAGUUGUAGGAAGAAAUUAUGAUGAAUCGAUUUUAUUAACAUCAAAAUAUAAUCAAUCAUUAUUACAUGAUCGUCGUCGUCGUCAAUCAAGUACAAUUGAUAAUCAAACCGGUAUACAACAAAUAAAUUCUUCACUUUAUCAUAAAACAUCUGAUCGUAUGCACAUAACACGAACAGAUCAAGUAUAUGUUUAUCCUCGACGACCAUACCGUCGUCAAAUAAGACAUAAUCCAUACAUAUCAACAGUACCUAUUGAACAAAAAAACACUAAAAUUGAUUUAAAUGAUAAUAAUAAUGAAUUAAUAAAUCAAUCUGAACAAAAGUGUAAUGAAUAUUUAAAUAGUGAAAUUAAAAAUGAACCAACUCUAAAUAUUCAUGAAGAUCGAGUUGUAAUACCAUAUGAAUAUAUACAAUCAAAUAAACCAAAUAAACGACGAAUAUUUAUGAAUUAUAAUUGUCAAAAUUGUAAACAAAAAUUUAAAACAAAAACUCAAUUAAAUUUACAUGUAAAUAAAUGCCAAGAUGAACCUGAACAAAAUGAACAUACAACUCGUCGACAUUUUUCUAAAAGUGAAUCAUUACUAGUAUCAUUACUCAAGCAAGAAGCAAUUACAGAAAAAAAACAAGAUAUUCAAUUAAAUAAUAUACCAUCAAUUGUGAUGACACAACCAAUUAUAUCUAGUAAAAAAACAAAACAAAUUGAUGAUACUAUCACAAUUGAUUCAAAUAGUAUACAAAUUAAAUUAGAAAAAAAUGAUAUAGAUUUUGUCAUAAAAGAUUCAAAAAUGUCAAAGAAAACAACGAAUAAAAGCCAGUUAAUAUCUUCUCUUCAAUCUCAAACAAAACCAUUAUCAUUAAUAACUUGUACAAUAUGUGGUGAAGGAAAUUUGUAUAAUGAUGAGCUUAUUCAUUGCUCAACAUGUCAAAAAAGCAUGCAUGCAUAUAAAUGUCUUAAUUUUGAAAAUAAUAAAAUUUUAAAAACAAUUAAAACAUAUUCAUGGGAAUGUGUUGAUUGUAAAAAAUGUAUUCAAUGUGGUACAGUUGAACAUGAUGAUGAAUUACUUUUUUGUGAUCAUUGUGAUCGUGCUUAUCAUUUGGAUUGUUUAAAUCCUCCACUAAGUGAACCACCACCCGGUGAAUGGUAUUGCCAAUUAUGUGUAUAA